GAAACAUCUGCUAUCUAUAAUAUUAUAACCUCAAAUGCUUUCUAACGUCAAAUGACUAGUUAUUGAUAAAAAUAAACUCAUAAACAAAGUAGUUUUAAAAUUAUUAAUAAAAAUACAACAAAUAUGAGUAUAGGAACAAUUGCAAAUCAACAUUUAAUUUUAACAGGUGACAAAGAAAGAUUUAAGGAACUUUUGCAGUUGCGACUUAUAGAAUGUGGUUGGCGAGAUCAAGUGAAAUUACUUUGUCGCCAAAUCGUUAAAGAAAAAGCAGAUACAAAUAUCACUGUAGAUAUGUUAGUAAAUGAAGUAACACCAAAAGCCAGAUCAAUGGUUCCCGAUACUGUGAAAAAGGAACUUUUGCAUAAAAUUAAAAAGCAAUUGCUAAAAAAUGAAAAACUGGAUAUGGAGUAAAAACUUAUGUCUAUUUGUAGAAUAUUUGUGAAGUCUUUUAUGAAUUAUGAUACUAUAUGCUAAAUCUAUAUUUCAAAGUAAUUUGUAAGUUUUUUUGUUGUGGAUG